AGUGUCUUUAUUGAGAAUGACAGGGACCCAGCAAAAUGGGCGUCUUCAUGUUCCUGGGGGCACUGCUAUUUUGUUUCCAACUUCUAUGUGCAGGAACUCUGUCAGAAACUAUUGACAGUGAUUCUGGUCUGUCCUUGAGGCUGGUGAAUGGAGGAGACAGAUGUCAGGGCAGAGUUGAAGUGCUCUACCAAGGAUCCUGGGGCACCGUUUGUGAUGACAGCUGGGAUUUGAGUGACGCCAAUGUCGUGUGCAGGCAGCUGGGCUGUGGCUAUGCUGUGUCAGCUCCGGGAAAUGCCCGAUUUGGUCAGGGCACUGGAAGAAUUGUCUUGGAUCAUGUGUGGUGUUCUGGGUCUGAGCCCUACCUGUGGAACUGUUCCCGUAAGCACUCGCUCUCCCACAACUGUCAGCACAGUCAGGAUGCCAGUGUCAUCUGCUCAGCAGUCAGUACCUCAAGAACACCCACUGUUGGACCAACACACUUGCCUACUACUGGGUCAUUUCUAAGCCCAACAUAUGGAACAGAUUCUGGUCUGUCCUUGAGGCUGGUGAAUGGAGGAGACAGAUGUCAGGGAAGAGUUGAAGUGCUCUUCCAAGGAUCCUGGGGCACCGUUUGUGAUGACAGCUGGGAUUUGAGUGACGCCAAUGUCGUGUGCAGGCAGCUGGGCUGUGGCUAUGCUGUGUCAGCUCCGGGAUAUGCCCAAUUUGGUCAAGGCACUGGAAGAAUUGUCCUGGAUGACGUGCGGUGUUCUGGAAACGAAUACUACCUAUGGAACUGUCCGCACAAUGGAUGGCUCUCCCACAACUGUCAGCACAGUGAGGAUGCCAGUGUCAUCUGCUCAGCAGCCAGUACCUCAAGAACACCCACUGUUGGACCAACACACUUGCCUACUACUGGGUCUUUUCUAAGCCCAACAUAUGGAACAGAUUCUGGUUUGUCCUUGAGGCUGGUGAAUGGAGAAAGCAGAUGUCAGGGUAGAGUUGAAGUUUUCUACCAAGGAUCCUGGGGCACUGUUUGUGAUGACAGCUGGGAUUUGAAUGAUGCCAGUGUCGUGUGCAGGCAGCUGGACUGUGGCUAUGCUGUGUCAGCUCUGGGAAAUGCCCAAUUUGGUCAGGGAACUGGAAGAAUUGUCCUGGAUGAUGUGCGGUGUUCUGGGUUUGAGUUCUACCUGUGGUACUGUCCCCACAAUGGGUGGCUCUCCCACAACUGUCAUCACAGUGAGGAUGCCAGUGUCAUCUGCUCAGGUCAUUAUACAACUCCUGUCUCCACACACAGACCGACUUUAUCAGGUACAACUCCUAGCUACACAGCAAACCUACCUGUGACAGCAAACUUCUCUUGUGGAGAAUUCCUUUCCCAGCUCUCGGGGAACAUUUCCAGUCCAAAUUAUCCUGGGAACUAUCCAAAUAAUGCCAACUGUGUAUGGAAUAUUCAAGUCUUAAACAACUACCUUGUGACCAUAGUAUUUGAAGAAGUACAGCUGGAAGGAGGUUGUAAUGAUUAUAUUCAAGUCUAUGAUGGGCCUUACCAGACAUCCCCACUAAUUUCACAUAUUUGUAAUGGAGGAAGAGAUACCUUUACAUCAACAUCAAACUUCAUGUCCAUUCGAUUCAUCAGUGAUACCAGUGUCACUCGAAGAGGAUUCCGGGCUUACUACUAUUCUACACAAAACAAUAAUGGCACAUCUCUAGUAUGCUUACAAGAUCAAAUGAUAGCUACCAUCAAGAAAACCUAUCUCCAGCUGCUGGGUUAUAAUUCAUUGAAUUUUCACUUGAAUAAUUCAUUCUGUUUGCCUAAGGAAAACUCAAGCGAUUUUAUAUUUAAUAUACCAUAUAAUGGCUGUGGGACAACAUUAACAAUAAACAGUGAUACUAUUAUCUAUAGCAAUGUCCUUCUAUCAAAUCAACCUAUUCAGCCAAAUAGUAUCAUCAUAAGACAGAAGGGUCUCCAGUUCCAUGUUAGCUGCAAAAUGUUCAGAGACACCUGGGUGGAAACUAUGUUUAUUAGUAAUGGUUCUGCUCAAAUCAAACAAAUCCAGUAUGGCAGUUUCCAUGUGAAUAUGUCUUUUUACGAAACUUCUUCUUUCUUCCAACCUGUGAAUAUUACACCGUAUGUUGUACAAUUCAGCCAAAAGUUGUACCUUCAAGCAGAAAUUUACCCCUCUGUUUCCAAUCUGGCAUUGUUUUUGGACACCUGCAUAGCAUCUCCAAGUAAAAACGAUUUCACUACCGUGACUUAUGAUUUAAUCAGAAAUGGGUGUAAGAAGGACUAUACCUUUGAAUUAUAUAACUCACCAUACAACUCACCAAGACAAGUUCGUUUUGGAUUCAGGGCCUUUGCCUUUCUGGAUAGAUACCCAUCUGUUUACCUGAAGUGUAAAUUUCUGGUGUGUCAGGCCUUUGAUUAUUCUUCACGAUGCUACAAAGGAUGUAUAACAAGAUCCAAAAGAGACACAAGUCUCUAUCAGGAGAAAGUGGAUGUUAUUAUGGGGCCAUUCAAACUGAAAUCUGAUUGAGACAGAUGUCAAUGGCUGAACUGAGUGAAUCCCAGAAGGACUCUAACUCCCUUGCUCUCUCUGCUGUUGUCUUCCUUGUGGUUGUGGUGUUUGUUGCUUUUAUAUUGAAGAGAAAGAAAUAUUCUUUUCUGAAGAGAUCCCUUUUCCAUAAGAUGUGAAAAACAAAGUCCAUCUACUUCCCUCUAUGGCACAAUUCAUUGGAAGCCUUGCAGUCCAAGAAAAGUUAUAUUCAAGAAAUUAGCAUGAAAAAAUAUGCCCUAUGGAUUGAGUUGUGAUUUGGUUUAUAUUGGAACAAUUGAGCUGGAGGUGGAAAUGGGGCAGGGGAGUUGUGAAUUCUCCAUGUUGUUCAGUAGGCUAGAUUUGCUUGAAACAUUAAACAGUUUUUUUCCAAAAUUUGAAAUUCUAAAAUUUGAAAAAAUCCAAUUAGAAGAGAAAUUUCUCUAGAUAGAAUUCCUAACAUUUGGUCUAUAUUUGGAAAAAUAUUAAAAAUAGAAAAUUCAUGUAAACCCCUUAAUGAAAAUCAUAGCCUUAUUUUGAAAGACCAUCGUCUGAAUAAAAUAUCUUUGUUAAAGCAAA